AUGGCCGAGCCCCUGAGUAUUCUCGGCGGGGUUGCAGCCUCGAUUCAGUUGGUCGAGUGCGCAGCGACCGCAUUGCUAGGGACGAUCAAGUUCAUCCGAGAUCUCCGCGAAAUACCCAAGAAGACAGCUUCCCGAGUCGGUGAUGUCGAGAGAUCGAGCGAGAGAGUCAACUACAUUUGCAGACAUAUUCUCAGCUCAGGAUCACUCACAGCCGACCAUAUUGGGCCUGACGCGGUGACCCGCUUGUCCUCUUUCUUCGAGACCUUACGAAUAGCUAUCGACGAAGCGGAAGCUGUCCUCAAGUCGCUUAUUGAGGCCUCAAAUUCAGACAAACACACCAAAGCGUUGCGUUUGUGGAGUUCCCUGGUAUCAUCGACGCGAGAAUCCAGUAUUCUAGAGAAAUUGCGAAUAGUGCAUCAGCUCAACUCGGAGCUCACCAUCGAGCUAGAAAUCGUGGGUCUCAUGACCACAGCAGCAACCAGGUGCGUCAAUUUCGGACUAGCAGCUAUGAAUCGAUAA